AUGGCUCUGCUGGUGUCUGUGGUGUCUGGUGCCAGCUUCCUCAGGCUGGGUGCCUGGCAGGCUGCAUCACUUCAGCUCCACACAGGGGCCAGCCUGGCAGCCAAGAACUACUAUGAGGUGCUGGUGCUGGGUGGGGGCACCGGCGGGGUCACCAUGGCUGCCCGCAUGAAGAGGAAAGUGGGUGCCGACAAUGUGGCCAUCAUUGAACCCAGUGAGAGACAUUUCUACCAGCCUCUUUGGACACUGGUGGGUGCUGGUGCCAAACAGUUAUCCGGGUCCUGCUGUCCCACAACAAAUGUGAUACCGUCUGGUGUCGAAUGGAUCAAGGCCAAAGUGGUUGAGCUGAACCCAGACAAGAACUGGAUCCGCACCGACAAUGGCAAGGAGAUCUCCUACAAGUAUCUCAUUAUUGCACUUGGAAUCCAGCUGGACUAUGAGAAGAUAAAAGGCCUACCUGAAGGUUUUGACCACCCAAAAAUCGGGUCCAAUUAUUCUGUUAGGACGGUGGAGAAGACAUGGAAAGCUCUGCAGGACUUCAAGGAGGGCAAUGCCAUCUUCACCUUCCCAAACACCCCAAUAAAGUGUGCAGGAGCUCCUCAGAAGAUCAUGUAUCUGUCAGAAGCCUAUUUCAGGAAGACUGGGAAGCGGUCCAAGGCCAAUAUCAUUUUCAACACUUCUCUGGGAACCAUUUUUGCUGUGAAGAAGUAUGCAGCAGCCUUGCAGGAGAUCAUCCAGGAGAGGGACCUCACUGUUAACUACAAGCAGAACCUCAUUGAAGUCCGCGCAGAUAGGCAAGAGGCUGUCUUUGAGAACCUGGACAAACCAGGAGAGACCCAAGUGAUUUCUUAUGAAAUGCUUCAUGUCACACCACCGAUGAGCCCACCGGACGUCCUCAAGACCAGCCCCGUGGUCGAUGCUGGCGGCUGGGUGGACUUGGAUAAAGAAACCCUCCAGCACAAGCAGUACCCCAACGUGUUUGGGAUUGGGGACUGCACCAACCUUCCUACGUCAAAGACCGCGGCUGCAGUAGCCGCUCAAUCAGGAAUACUUGACAGAACAAUUUCUCUGAUUAUGAAGAACCAGACACCAACAAAAAAGUAUGAUGGCUACACAUCAUGCCCACUGGUGACCAGCUACAACCGUGUGAUUCUUGCGGAGUUUGACUACAAUGCCCAGCCACUGGAGACCUUUCCCUUUGAUCAGAGCAAAGAGCGACUGUCUAUGUACUUCAUGAAGGCCGACCUGAUGCCUUUCCUCUACUGGAAUAUGAUGCUAAGGGGCUACUGGGGAGGGCCAGCCUUUCUGCGGAAGCUGCUUCAUCUGGGGAUGAAUUAAAGGUGUCCUAACGCUGGCUCUCCUUGGAUGAUUUCUGGACCCAAAUCACAGUCACUGAUUGACCAAGAGCAGCAUGAAGAAUUCUCAAACCCCAGCCCCUUGUAAAGAGCACCCUGCCAAAUGAUGGCGACCCAACGCCUCCCUACUCAGUGUGUCUGGCACCACUGUGUGGACCUGCCCCCAGGAGGAGCUUGAUUCUGUGGCAAUCAAUACCUACACAAAAGAAUAGAUGUUUAUUUUUCAAAUAAAAUCGUGGCAUUGAUUGAGA